AUGGGCGCCGCUGGAACGAAGCCGCUGAACGGCGAGACGCUGGGCGCCGGCCACACGUGCGCCGUGCGCGGCGAUGAGGAUCCGGCCUGCAACUGCGCCCCCUGCAAGGAGAAGGUGGUGCGGCUGUGCCAGCGGGACCCACAUCAGCUGUUCCAGCGCUUGCAAGGCCAGCUGCAGGAGCUGACGUUGGAGGUGAAGGUGCGCCUGCUAGAGCACCUGAGUCGCGAGCGGCCCGGCCUGGCCCAGCUCUUCCUCACCGCCCUGCUGGACAACUACGAUCGGCUAGUGACGGCCGCUGUCAGCCUGGCGCCGGCCGUCCACACCCUGGAGCACCACCACCUCUCCAGGUUCGGCCUGUCGUGGGAGUCGCUCAACAAGCACGCGUACCAGUCCGUGGUGUACAUGGACCCGAUGGUGCAGAACAACCUGCCGACGUUCAUCUCUCAGCUUCGCGCCCUGCUGUCGGGCCAGGAGCAGCAGCGGGUGUACGCCGACCUGGUGCGCCGCUACCUGAGCUUCGACGACGAGAUGAGCACAGUGGCCGCCCAGUGGACGGCGGCCGAGGCGCGCCUCCAGGAGUUCGGCCAGGAACAGGCCACGCUCAAGGCCAAACAGCGCAUGCUGCGCGAGGACUGGGAGCUGCUGCGAGCGCAGCGUAAGCUGCUGCAGCAGCAAGCGGCUGGCGCGGCGCACAAGCACACCUACUCGAAGGCGGCGCCCACCACGCACCGGCCGCAGCCCAAGUUUGAUCCGGCGCUGGAGCCGGCCGAGGACAGCAGCCAAAACGACUCGUGCUCCGAGCAGUCGUCGUCGACGGCGUCGCAGCACUGCAGCUGCUGCUACUGUGAGGUGUUCGGCCACGGCGUGUCGCCGGUGGCGCCCGUCAGCCGCAACUACCCGGAGAUCCGCGAUCGGCUCCGGCUGCGGCUCGACCAGCGGCGGCGCGACAACAAGUCCGAGUCGUCGGAGCGCAGCGGCGGCGAGACUUCAUCGAAGCCAGCGGUUGCCGCGCAGAAACGCAACGAGAAGCGCGCCGCCAAGCGCGAGCGGCAGCGCGUGCGUCGGAUGGACGCGUGCGCGGCACAGGAGGUGGAGCAAGAGCAGAUGCGCAACAUUCAGGAGUUCCAGCGUCGCAACCCGGAGGUGACCAUCACCGUGGUGAAGUCGGCCGGCGAGGCGGACCAGGCGGCCGCCGAGUCGCACUCGCCGCCGCCCGCCGCCUCGUCGCCGAUCAUGGAGGGUCUGGCGCGUAACGGGCUGGUGUCGGUGCCGUGCGCCGGCGGCGUGGGCGACGCACGCAUGGUCACCAUCCGACGGGUGAUGGAGCCGGGCGGCAAGGAGCCCAAGGUGACCAUCACGCUCAAGGGCGACUCGCCGGAGAAGGACCGCGUGCUCAUGACGCUGGUCAACGGCCAGCUGAAGAACGGCGGCGCCGAGCCGGCCGCCGCCGAGCCGGUCAUGACGAAGACGGCCAAGAAGAAGCUGAAGAAGGCGGCGCGCCUGCAGAAGCUAAAGGAAGAGGAGGAGGCGGCCGAGCGGGCACGGCUGGCGGCGGCGUGGGCGGCCGAGCAGGAGCAGCAGCGACUCCAGCAGCUGCAGCAGGCCAAAGGCAAGAAGAAGAAGAAGAAGGUCGGCGCCACCAACGGUGCCCAGACUGCCGAGAAACCGGCCCAGCCCGCCAAGAGGGCGUCGCCGAUCCUGCUGAACGGCAAGGACGCCGACAAGUGGCGGCCGCUGCCGCAGAAGAAGGCCGGCGGCGCUGAGCGGCCGACGGCGCCGGCUGCGCGCUGUCAGCCCGAGCCCGAGACCAGGAAGCAGCAGGCCGCGACGCGGCUCUCCAAGAAGGCGGCAGCGGCGGCGGAGAGGGGCGCGGGCGAGCCGCAGCCGGCGGCCGAGCCGCGCCGCCGCAAGGCGACCGCCGACCAUCGGCUCGAGCCGCCCACUCAGCUCAUGCAGGACCUGGCGCUGUCGUCGUCGGACAGCGAGAUGGAGGACCUGGCGCGCGCCUACCGCAUCCCGGCCGGCAUCACCAUCAGCAGGGUGCGCGGUGGCGCCGAGCCGCCGGCCGACUCCGGCCGGCUCUCGCCGCCGCCGGCCGCCGCGCCGGCCGCCGACAAGAAGGCCAAGAAGAAGCGCAAGAAGAAGGCGGCGCCGGCGGCGGCUGACGAGGCGCCGGCCGUGCCUGAGGUGACGAUCCGGAAGGUGGCGGGCAGCGGGCCGGGCCGGCGCGCCGCACGCUCUGUGGACGACUACGAGUCUGUGUUCAUGCCGGCGGCCGGCGGCGACACCAUUACCGAUCUGGUCGAUAAGGAGGUAGAGGCGUUCAAGCGGUUCUGCCUGGACGGACCGCAGGUCAGCCGCGAACAUCGGCCCAAGGUCAACUUCAACAUCAAGGACAUACUGAUCAAGAAGAAGCCAUUGUAAAGCAUGGUUGUGAUACACUGUCAGUACUGCUCUUACUUUGUACUAGUCUUAGGAAUCGUCUGCCUUGUAACUUCUUUUAAUACUUUGUUACAAGUAGAUCUUGCGUUCUCGAUUAAUUUAAGUCUUGACUCCGGUUGUCAGCCGUGCCUGAAGUGUUGGCUGGCUGGCCGGUGGAGCUCCCCAAUAUUAAUAGAGAUCGCUCAGACGAG